UGAGAAGAGGAGAACAGUGUCAUGAUCAAAAAAAAUUACGUGUUACUGUCAUUGAUGUAAAUUACACGUUUUAGAUGUCUCGUAUAAAAUGACGAUGAGAUAUAUGUAUAAAAGGCCGUUGUUGCGAAGCUUCAAAGGAAUCACACUCUGCAAAUGGAAUGGUGCAAUCAGCUGAACUGAUUUUCCAUAUGCAUGUUUCUGUUAAAAGAGUAGUAUAAUGUGAUUCUCAAAUACUAUAUAUACAUACAUAUACUAUAUUUCUUUGCUAAUAUAAUGGAUUUAACACUAAACUUUAAGUCACUUGUAAAAACCCUACGCUCUCGAAGCAAAGCGCUUGACAACAACAAUGAUAGCCAUCUUAAUCGGUCAACGCCUCGGGACCAGCGUGAAACACGCUUUAAUAAAAAUGUCAAAGAUAUCAUAGGGGCUAUUUCAAAGAUGAAGUCAUUCCUUUUAGCUCAUCGCAAGGAUUAUAUCGAUCAACAUUUUAUUAUGUACAAUGUUUCAAAGAUGAGUGACAUCGAGCGUGAAGAAAUCGACCAGGUCACCCAGAAGUUUAUAGUAAAAUAUAAACAAAUAAUUGCCCAACUCCGUAAGGAGAUCAAUACAUCGGCAACUACUCCUCAGCAGGCUGAACAUCAAACAUUCGUAAUAGCAAUGACUGAAGGCUACCUUCGAUUUGUUGGAAGAAUCUGGUCCGAGCAACGAUCGCUUCGAAUGAAACGAGAUAGCAAAAUGCGCGCGUUUGGCUCAUUGACAGGAAAUCAUCUUGUUAAAAAAUUGGCAGGAACAGCAGUAGAAGGAAGUAAUGAAAUAGAAAGUGCCUACGAAGAACUGAGCAAAACUUUUUCUAAGAGAGUAAGUCACGAUACGGAUAGUCCUGAAACUAAAGUUGUUUUCAAAGAACCCUGUGACCUCACUGAUACGGAGACAUCAUAUCCUAAUGACGAGCAAAACGCACUUAAUGAGUUUCGUUCUGUCAGAAUCACUUCGGAGGAUGUCCAGAUGCUUGAACAGGAAAACACACGUUUGUACGACGAGCUCAAUUCGAUGGCGGAACAAGUGAAGCAGAUAGAGGGCCGAGUGGCGGAGAUCUCUGAACUGCAAAAGGAAUUCACGGAGAAAGUAAUUGAACAAGAGGACGAUGUGAAAAGAAUCGCUAGCACUAUGUUUGCUGCGACCGAGAAUGUAAAAGGCGCUAACGAGCAACUCCGUCAGGCGAUGCAGAGCCACGCAGGCCUUCGUGUAGCAAUUUUAUUUUCCCUUAUUGUUCUUAGCUGUUCGUUACUCUUUCUAGAUUGGUAUAACCCUUGAAAGGUGGAAGUAUUUGUACAAGCAAGGGUCUAAUAACUAAUGUCGGCGGCGUUACUAUGACAAGCCAUGUAAUAAAGUGUGAGAGCUAUUUUUAAUUAAGCGGUAAUGCACCGCUGUAUAUCGAUUUAAUAAAUAAUGUUGAGUAUAAAUUGUUUCAUAUUUUUUGUAAUAUAAGCUAUUUAAUUUAUUGGGAUUUCAUACGCAAUCUGAUCUCCGUCAUGUGCUACCAUAACACACAAUAUAUACGCCUAAAUUCUUAUUUCUUGGAGUAGCAUAAAUUACAACUAAAAGGUAAAUACUACGGGAUUGAAUAG